GGCUCGCGCGCGGAAACAGCUGUUGUGCGGCGGAGAAGCGUGACGUGACGUGACGUCUAGUUUUACACGCCGGGCGGACAAGAAUGGAGAGCGCGCCGAGGUGUCGCGUCGUCACGUCGUAAAGUCGAGGCAAUCAUCGUCGCCGUCGUCGUCGUUUCGAUGACACGGCGCGAUGACGCGGUCUGGGAUCCUGAAGAUGAGAUUUUUCAUAUUCCUGCUGAUCUUCCUGCUGGCGCAGAAUGUAAUCUGCGACGGGGGUCUUCGGGAGACGAAAGACGCCACGGCCGAGGGAGACAAGAGGGUCGCGAACGAGGAGAAAAUGAAGAGGGUCGACGAGUCGUCCGCGGGAAAUCGUCAACGAAAUCCCGGAGCGUCGUCCGCUGACGCGAAGAAGCAGGCGAGUGACGGCAACAAGACGCACGACAAUAUAACCUCGAAGUCGCCGCCAGACGUCAUCGCGAAUAAUAAAACGCACAUCGCGGACAACGAGCAGUCCGGUGAGGAUCAUGGGACCUUCAACACUGGUGCUCUCGUACGCGGUUUCUUAGUCUUUGGGGGACUAAGCAUACUUGUCAUGGCCUACAUCGUGUUCCGUAGUUUUAGGUUAAGUAAAACGCGAGCCCAGUUGGUUCGAAAGUACGGUGUCCUCACGCACAGGCAGGAUGUCGAGAUGCGACCGUUGCCGUUGGAGGAGGAAGACGACGAAGAUACAACCGUUUUCGAUGCGAGUAACGUCAUGACGACCAACGUUCAGCAUCAAAACGCGUAAAAGUUGUCGCGUAGGGAAAUACACCGUUGUGCUAUUAUAUAUACAUCAUCCGUGUAAUACUGCUCUCGACAUCACGCAACAAUCUUAACUCAAUCGUGAUUUGUUGAGGUAGAUACGCGACAGAAAAACUAUGAGAGUUCGGAGACAGAUUUAAGACAUUUUUUAGCAUUUUGAAUAAAGUAAUUUGCUUUGUGCAGCGAGAUAAUUAUCAAAUACGCAUCUGUGAUGCAUUUAUCACAUAACAUAUUAUGCUUAUUCAGCAAUAGAUGUACUUUUCCUAAAAAGAAACAAGAUAAAUCCAAAAUAUUUCUACCAAUACUCUCCACCCUAUUAUAAUAUCGCUAUGUGAUAAUGUAAAAUUUUAGAUAUGUAUCAUCUGCGAGCUAA